AUGGACAUCACGCAUAAUUUAGAUGGUGGAGUUUUGAAAGAGAUACUAAUACAUGGCAAUGGAACGGAUAAGCCACAUAAAGGGUGUAAGGCUUAUGUUCAUUACACUGGUUCCCUUUCUGAUGGCACUGUUUUCGACAAAACUAAUGAUGAACCAUUUCAGUUUACAAUAGGAAAAGAUAUGACUAUAAAAGGUUUUGACUUGGCUGUGUCUUCAAUGACUUGUGAUGAAAGGUCAAAAUUUCAAUGCCAUCCAGAUUAUGGUUAUGGGAUAGAUGGUUUUGAACAAAUCAUCCCCCCUAACACGUGGCUUACAUUUGAAAUACACUUACUCAAAUGGACAUGGGAAGAUAUCAGUCGCCGGAAAGAUAAAAGUAUUACAAGACAAAUAUUAGAAUAUGGAGUGGACCAUGCUACACCUAGUAGUGUUUCGUUAGUUAAUAUUCAUUUAGAAAAAGAAAAAAAUGGUAGUGUUAUUGAAGAAAGAGAUAUAGAGUUUAGAUUAGGAGAAGGCAAAGACUUUGAUGUUUGUCCUGGUAUAGAGAUAGCAUUAACUAAAUUUAAGACAAAAGAGAAAUCAAGAUUGUUUAUUCAUGAAAAACAUACAUUUUUGGAAUAUGGAGAAGAUGAUUUCAAUGAAGUGUAUGUCAUCAAACUUAACUUUUUUGAAAAGUUCGAAGAAAAUUGGUCAUUGACAACAGAAGAUCGUAUAAAACAAGCAACAUUUUUCAAACAAAAAGGAACAGAUUACUUUAAAAUGAAUAAUUAUAAGCUAGCACUUAAAUUCUAUAAGAAAGUGGUGGACUAUUUGAAAGUGGAUGUCACUAGCAAUGAAAGUCAAAUGAACGAAAUCAAAUUUCUUUCAGUUACAUCUUAUUUGAAUUCUGCUUUAUGUAAUUUAAAAUCACAUAGACAUACUCAAGCAAAAAAUGAUUGUGAGAAUGCAUUAAACCUUGAACCAACAAAUGUCAAAGCAAUGUUUAGAAAAGGGGAGGCUUUAGUUGGUUUACAUGAAUUAAUAGCUGCAAAAGAAAGUUUUGAAGCUGUCUUACAACAAGAACCAAACAAUCGUGCAGCUAUGACAAAAAUAGUUGAAUGUGAUGAAAAACUUAAAUCACAAAAAAAAAUAGAAAAAUCUGUUUAUUCAAAUAUGUUUGAGAAAUUUGCUAAGAGAGAUACUGAAAAAGAAGAAGAAUUUCUAAGUCAACAACCUGAUGUUAUGAACACACUUGGAGAAUGGGGAGAUGAUGAACGGGAACGAGCUCCUACUGAAUUUGAGAAAGAAAAUCCUAAUAUAUUAAUGUUAAACACAACUGGCUAUUUCAAAAAUAUGUAA